AUGCCUCCAGUAUCAGCAUCAAAAGCCAAGAGAGAAGCCAAGAAGGCCGAAAGAGACGCCAAGAAGGCUGCCGAAGGUAAAAAACCUUCCCGUAGAAUGGGAAAGAAAAAGGAUACCGAAGAAUUAGAUGAUGCUGCUGUUGCCGCAAAGGAGAUUGCUAAAUUGAAACUACAACAAGAUGAACAUGGUUUAUCUGAUCGUGUGACCACCGGUGUGUUGGCCUCUUUGGAAACUUCAAGAGAUAUUAAAUUGACCUCCGUAUCAUUGUUAUUCCAUGGUAAAGUCUUAAUUCAAGAUUCUCAAUUAGAAUUGAAUUAUGGGAGAAGAUAUGGUCUAUUAGGUGAAAAUGGGUGUGGUAAAUCUACUUUCUUGAAAGCUUUGGCCACAAGAGAAUACCCAAUUCCUGAAAAUAUUGAUAUUUACUUAUUAGAUGAACCUGCUGAACCAAGUGAAUAUUCUGCCUUAGAAUACGUUGUUAGAGAAGCUCAAAAUGAAUUAAAGAGAUUGGAAGAUUUAGUUGAAAAAUACAUCGUGGAAGAAGGUCCAGAAUGUGAAUUAUUAGAACCACUUUACGAAAGAAUGGACUCUUUAGAUCCUGAUACUUUUGAAAGUAGAGCUGCCGUUAUCUUAAUCGGUUUGGGUUUCAAUUCAAAGACUAUCUUAAAGAAGACUAAAGACAUGUCUGGUGGUUGGAAAAUGCGUGUUGCUCUAGCUAAAGCCCUUUUCGUUAAGCCAACUCUAUUAUUAUUAGAUGACCCAACUGCCCAUUUAGAUUUAGAAGCUUGUGUUUGGUUAGAAGAAUACUUAAAGAGAUUUGACAGAACUUUAGUUUUAGUGUCUCAUUCCCAAGAUUUCUUGAAUGGUGUUUGUACUAACAUGUUAGACAUGAGAGCCCAAAAGUUGACCGCUUAUGGUGGUAAUUAUGACUCUUAUUGGAAGACUCGUUCUGAAUUGGAAACUAACCAAACUAAACAAUAUAACAAACAACAAGAAGAAAUUCAACAUAUCAAGAAGUUUAUUGCUUCUGCCGGUACUUAUGCUAAUUUGGUCAAGCAAGCUAAAUCUAGACAAAAGAUUUUAGAUAAGAUGGAAGCUGAUGGGUUGAUCCAACCUGUUCAAGCUGAUAAAGUCUUUUCUUUCAGAUUCCCACCUGUGGAAAGAUUACCACCUCCAGUGUUGGCUUUCGACUCCAUUUCAUUCUCUUAUGAUGGUAAUCCAGAAAAUAAUCUAUAUGAAAAUUUGGAUUUCGGUGUUGAUAUGGACUCCAGAAUUGCUCUUGUUGGUCCAAAUGGUGUGGGUAAAUCUACCUUGUUAAAGAUCAUGACUGGUGAAUUGACUCCACAAUCAGGUAGAGUUUCCAGACAUACACAUGUUAAAUUAGGUGUUUACUCACAACAUUCUCAAGAUCAAUUGGAUUUAACCAAGUCUGCAUUAGAAUUCGUUCGUGAUAAGUAUCCAAACAUCUCUCAAGAUUUCCAAUAUUGGAGAGGUCAAUUAGGUCGUUAUGGGUUAACCGGUGAAGGUCAAACUGUUCAAAUGGGUACUUUAUCAGAAGGCCAACGUUCGCGUGUUGUUUUCGCUCUUCUAGCAUUGGAACAACCAAAUGUCCUACUAUUAGAUGAACCUACUAAUGGUCUUGAUAUCCCAACCAUUGAUUCUUUGGCUGAAGCUAUCAAUGAAUUUAACGGUGGUGUCGUGGUGGUUUCCCAUGAUUUCAGAUUAUUAGAUAAGAUUGCUAAGGAUAUUUUCGUUGUUGAAAAUAAAACUGCCACUAGAUGGAACGGUAGUAUCUUGGAAUAUAAGACGAAAUUGGCCAAGAACGUUGUCUUAUGA